AUGCCUGCACAAAGCCAGCAAAAGCGCAGAUCAGCCACUCAGGCCCCGGACAAGCCAGCCAAACGCACCAGAGUCUCACGAGCAUGCGACCAGUGUCGAGUUGCUCGUGAAAAGUGUGACGGCGGUCAGCCAACAUGCUCCACUUGCUUGACGUCGAAGCGAGGUUGCACGUAUACGACCAACCCUAAGAAACGAGGUAUUCAGCCUGGUUACAUCCGUGUUCUUGAGCUGGCGCUUGCCUCGUUGUUCCAACAAAAUCCUGAGACCGAGAAGUACCUCAACGAUAGGUUAGCGAAAGAAGGACUGUCCUCGCUCUUGCUUAGUCGCGAUUCCAAAGAUUCAAAUAAGUUGCACAGGCAAUGGCGUAAGACGCGGUUCAACAGGGACGUCGACACUCUUUUGUCGGGAGGAGAGCCGUCACGGCACGAGUCCGAUCCGCCAUCACCACAGGGUGACGAGGACAAUUCGGACGUCGAUGAGUCCGUGCCGGCUCCCACCAUUGUCAAUGAGAACUUCAAUCAAGUGCUACCCUACGACCUGGUCUCCCCGAGACCAUCAGUUCACCAGACAUCAGCAUUGCCAGUGCAGCCGGCGAGAGAUUCUCUGUUGAUAUCGCUCCCCCCAGACAGUUGGAAGCUGUUCGAGACGUAUUUCACCUACACCCAGUGUUGGCUCCCGAUGUGCGAAAGAAGCGACAUAUUGAAGCUCUCGUAUUCAUAUCCUGCGUCAGGCAUGCACCUCUCUUUCGAUACACCGGACAUUGGCUCUCACGCAGAGCUUUGGAGUAUAUUGGCUGUAGCAUCGACUCACGAAGCAAGCAGUACAAGUCCCACCAGUCUACCUAGCCAAGGUACAAUGACAUCGAAGCAACUAUACGACACGGCUAGAUCCCUGAUUCCCCACGAACUCGGCGCUUUCGAUCUUGGGCACGUUAAAGCGCUCCUCAACCUCGCAAUAUUCAGCAUUGCUCAGUCGCUGGCCGAAGCUGCUUGGUGCUUGGUGGGCUACGCUUCACGAGUACUUGAAAGCGUAGAUCAGGCCUCCUUGAUACCCAGUACACGGCGAAUGCACGUGUUUGGAGGCUGCCUCGUUUUGGAUAGUAUGCUCGCUUUACAAUUGGGAAGACGUCCGUACUUCAGGAAAGCCGACAUCGAGCAGCUGGGACGGAUCGACGAGGACGGUCUCGAAGAAUGGCAGCCGUGGUCCGGUGGUCUUAGCCACACCUCCCUGCAACAAUCAAGAACACCACUUCUAGCUUUCAGCAGCUUUCGGCACCUUCUCGACAUACUCGACAUACUGGUCACCAAUGAGAUCCCUUCCUACCCAGGCCUUCCGCUGCCGGACACGGACAUGAUUCAACGAUUGAACAACUGGAAGACAUCAUUGCCACCUAAACUCGAUUACCUACAAUCGGAAGCUGCCCAAACGCCUCUUACUCCACCUGCCGUGUUAUUGCAGCUCACAUAUCAUUGUACUGCACUUUCCUUAAUGCCAACACAGCUUUGGCUGCAGCGCAUUUUAGGAUUGCUUGAGCCUUCACCUGACCGGCUGGGUCUGACAAGCUUACCACCAGUUGUACACUGUCUUAUGGGAAUUGUAAAACGACACAGUACUCAUUUUCUAUCCGAUCAGGCACUGCGAACGCGAAUGCAGAAGCUCCAGGCCGACAUUGAUCGGACCUGGCGGAAGACCAUACCUGAUGUCCGGUCCCCUCCGUUGCACUCAGGACAAAUAGUCGCCAUCAUGCAGAUGCCAACACCUGACUCGAUCCAUCAUUCUCUUUCCAACAGUCACGCAACGGGCCAGGUCGCAGGUACCAAAGAAAUGCGGAGUUCGCAGGCUCAAGGCGAUGGGAGCAUUCCAGACGUGCUGAGUGCAAACGCAAAUCAGCAACUCGAGUCGUUCCUCAACGCGUCUCGCCCAUCACAGACUGAUCCUCGCUAUCCGGAUAUCCCAGGAGACGUUGAAAGCUUUUUCGACGACCUGGCCUCUCUCGACACUACAAACAAACUGGAGAACCAGCCACAGUUUAUGCAAAAUCUGGGUUUUGCUCCCGAUGCAAGCAUGGCCGAUCUGUUCAGCGAUUUCAUCCCAUUACAAACCUCAACAUUCCUUGGGCAGGAAUCUGCCAAUCUUGGCCACCUAGAUCACUAUAGCUUUUACAAUGCUAGCUGA